AUGGCUCCUUCCGCUGUCGAGGCCGUCCAGGCUGCUGUCCAGACCACCAUCAACGUCAAGAACCAGGCUACCCAGCAAGGUGCUCCUACCCAGCACGCUCAGCACGUCGAACCCCUCAAGCUCUCCGGUGUUCUGGAUCAGUAUGAGCACUUCGACGUGACUCCCAUCAUUGGCCGCGAGUUCCCCAAGGCCAACCUUGUCGAGUGGCUCAAUGCUCCUAAUGCUGAUGAGCUUAUUCGGGAUUUGGCUAUUACCAUCUCCCGCCGCGGCGUCGUCUUCUUCCGCGCCCAAAACAACCUAACCAACGACCUCCAAAAACAACUAAUCCUCCGCCUCGGCGAGCUCACCGGCCGCCCCUCCACCUCCGGUCUGCACAUCCACCCGAUCCUCAACUCGGACCGCGAGUUGGGGGGCAACGACCCCGAAAUCUCCACCAUCUCCUCCGUCCAAAACCGCAAGCUCUACCGUGACUGGUCCGGCGAGAAGGCCGAAGAGCUGUCCACCAAGAAGCAGUACACCUCGCAAUGGCACUCCGACAUUGCCUUUGAGCCUGUCCCUGCCGACUAUACUUCUCUCCGUCUGGUACAGCUGCCCAAGACAGGCGGUGAUACCCUCUGGGGUUCUGGAUACGAGAUCUAUGAUCGCAUCUCGGAGCCGUAUCAGAAGUUUCUGGAGGGGUUGACUGCUACGUUCGAGCAGCCGGGGUUCAACAAGGCGGCGGAACUGAAUGGGUUUCAGAUCUAUGCGGAGGCCCGUGGUGCGCCGGAGAAUGUGGGGACUGAUCUCAAGGCUGUGCAUCCUGUUGUCAGGACCAACCCUGUUACUGGCUGGAAGAGCGUGUAUCCCGUGGGCGGACAUGUGAAGCAUGUCAAUGGCGUUACGAAGGAGGAAAGCCAGAAGCUGCUUGGGUGGUUUGUUGAGUUGUUAGAGAGGAACCAUGAUUUGCAGGUCAGGUUUAAGUGGAGUAAUGAGAAUGAUAUCGCAAUCUGGGACAACAGAAGCGUCUUCCAUACAGCUACCUUCGACUACGAGGGCCAAGGCGAGCGCUUCGGUAACCGCGCGGUUGGGCUUGGCGAGAGGCCGUAUCUUGAUCCUCAGAGCAGCAGCAGGCGGGAGGCAUUGGCGGCUGCUGGUGAGCUGCUUUAA